AUGAGGGAAAUGAUCAGCACUACUAUUUCAGAACAGUUUCAGGAUUUGAAGAAGACGUUGCCCUUGUCGCAGUUCAAGCGAUACGGAGAAAAUAAACCCGGGAAGGCGUAUCGAAUCCAAAAGACGCGGGCAUACAAGCUUAAGCCUCGUCAGGUUUCUAAAGCGUUCGAGAAGGGUAUAUAUCGCCGGCAAGUGGAAGGCAGGUGUCGAAACUGCGGGUGGCCUGGACAUUUGGAAGAUACAUGUGACGAACCUUGCGGUAAAUGUCAUGAGAGUGACCAAAAAGUGUCCGAAUGCUGCAAUGAUGUGUUCUGCUUCUAUUGUGAAGAAGAAGGCCAUUUGAAGGGUGAGUGUCCACGCAACAGACACUACGACCUAUUUUUCUGA